GUUGAGUGCGGAGAUGAAGAAGCUGCUUGCGACUCAGGUAUGGGAAUCGGUUCUGUAUGUGGAGGACAAGUUCUGCGACCCGACCUUCAACCGUCAGGCUGCGCGAACCCUCGGCCUUGUGAUGGGGCCGGACCUGGCUAUCGCCAUGCCGGAAAUGAGGCCCCAAGUGGAGCAGACCGCGAGGUCACCUGCAGCAGCUAAGCCACCUCCAGCAACAAAGGCAUCAAGCAGGUCAGGGCCAUCAGAACAACGUGGCAGGAAGAGAAAGUACGAGGGCUUCUUUCCGGUCGACGAUGUGAACUUUUCGCAAAACAGCAUUGGCGAGAGGUUCAGCUGCGGCCGCAGAAUGCAAGACACGGUCGAAGAUUUGAUGGAUGACCAGGUCAAUCCGGAGCGGGAUCAAUUCCUCAGAUUGACGGCCAUGAGCGUAGGCGGUAGACUAAUCAGUCGCAACAAUCGACGUUUAUGGUGCCUGAAAGAGUAUCAAAAAUUGAAAAGACAGAGGAAGAAGUCUUUCACGGUCAAGGUGUUCUUGUACGUGACAGAGGUAAAGGACAGGGGCAUUGAAGAUUUCAUACAAGCAAGAACGUGUGAAAGAGGUGGUCCCGCAGACGGGGUGCCAGAGGAAAGCGAUGGGGAGUCCUUAAGUGCAGCGAGCCCUUGA